AUGGAAGCAGAGCCAGCCGAGCUCAUUGAGUUCAGGCAGAAAUGGAAGGAAGAGGUCCGACAGAGGACUUCUAAUUCCAGUUCACACAAAUCCGUCGACAAGUCAGAGCCAUGCUCACCAACUCGACCAACAUCGAAGACUUCUGAGGAAAGUAAAAUCUCUACCAAACCAUACGCGAGUCCGUCAUCUGCUGUCACCCAUCAUUCUCAUGGUUCAACUCACUUUUCCAAGUCCUUGUCAUCGGCAGUGGCGACCUACCGUCUUGCCGUACUACGCGAGCAGGCCGGAGUACUAGACGAAGCUUUACGACUUUACCGUAAUGCAUUUAGACUCGACUCGAACGUCGAUAAAGCCUAUCUCAAGGAAGAACAGCGUCUAGAAGCGGCGGCACAUUCAAAGGACAGCUCACACUCCUUAAAGCAGCAAGAAGGAGCUUCUCACGUCGAUGGUAUCGAGGCUGUCCCAUUGAAGGAGAGUUCCAAGACUGUGGUAGCGCCACAAAAGCGUCUUGAGACUGAGACGCUGACACGCUUGGUCUCAACGUUUCCACCCGACCUGUCAUUUGCGCCAAUGGACGAAAGCGGAGACGUUCUGCUCAGACGGGUUCCGGAUGAAGUUAUUGUUCUCAUUCUCAUGACAAUGGACCCACUCUCCAUAGAGAGAUUCGCCAUGCUUGAUCGCAAAGCUAGGGUUCUCUCUUUGGACUCUGCUAUUUGGAGAUUUCUUGUGCAGAGGACAUACUUCCCGCCUCAGGUUCCUCCAGAUACAACCAUAUAUACCUUGGCGGAGCAAUACAAGUUUGAUUAUCGACGACUUUUCAUUGAACACCCGCGUCUCAGGUUAGAUGGAGUCUACAUAGCUGUCUGUCACUACGUACGCCCGGGAGUGAACAGUGACAAUGUAUGGGUAAAUGUUAGCCAUCUCAUUACGUACCAUAGAUAUCUCCGAUUCCUCGCGGAUGGCACUGUGAUUUCCCUCCUAGCGAAUGAGGAUGUGGAACCCCAAACCAUUGUACCUUUGCUUAAAUCUACUCUUCGUAUGAAGGGCCUGUUUAUCGGUAAUUGGACUCUGGAGGGAACCACAAUCUGCAUUCGUGAUCUCAUGGAUCCAACCGGAGACAAUGCACGAUACACUUUCCAAAUGACGUUGCAUCUUCGAUCUAGGCCUCUAGGAAGAUGGAAUAGACUGGAUUUAACUGGAUAUGAAUCCAUUAACGUUGAGACUGAGGAAGCGGUACCGUUUGUUCUAAAGCACGAGCGGCCGUUCUGGUUCUCUAAGGUCCGAUCAUAUGCUGUGUAG